AUGUAUCUGAGAUAUGUGGAAGAUGAAGAUCAGUUCUCAAUCGCUGUUCAAUCAUUUUAUUUGAAUUCACAUUUCACAAAUAUUGAAUUAGGUUUCUGUCUUCUUCAUCCAACUGUUUCUAUAAGAUGGAGCAACCUUAGGCAUUUAACUAUUGAAAAUUCAGAAUUAGAUGAAAAUUUGAUUGCUAAUAUUAUGUUUGGAAGCCCUUUGUUAAACAGUUUGACGUUACGUUCUUGUAUUGGUAAAUUGCUUGAUAUUAGCUGCACUAGUGUUAAGAAAUUGGUUUUAGAUGGCUAUAUUGUUGAAGACGAUCGAUCGUAUCUUACUAUCAAUGCUCCUUUUAUAUCAUCAUUAAAAAUAAUUGGUAGUUUGUGGAUCUCAAAUAUAUUGUUACAAGAUGUAUCUUGUAUACUCGAAGCGGAAUUAGGUUAUGUUUUGCCACGUUUUUUUCCGAUGGCUCGCAAGCAUGAUGAAGAAGAGUUGCUUAAAAUGCUUCUAAUAAAACUACAACAUGUGAAACAUGUCAGAAUAGGUGUUUCUUGUUAUGCGGCUCUGUCUCGUUUGGAAGUCAAAGGAUUUGUUUUACCAUCAAAUUUGAUUGGUGUAGAUGUUUCUUCACCUAAUUACAUUCAUAAUGAAUUAUCUGAUAACGAGUUAGUUGAACAUAUAGAUUUUCACUGA